UUCCGCUCGAUCAUCGAAACAACAAACCAAGCGGUGCGAGCGGGUUGAGUGUCUGGAACAGACAGCCUCUGACCGCCACUUUCAAACUAACAUCCAUGAAUCUGUCCGGGCUUUUCGUUCAAAACAACUAGCGCCACUCGACACCGUUACGGAGCUGCAUGUGUGCUGGAUUUAAUCCUGCUGGAGGUGCAUCACCCACAUGGACAAGCACUCAAAGAGCAGCUGCUGAAAAGUAGUGCAACACUGCUCCCCUUGUGGCCAUAAUGUCUUAUGACAAAGGUAUCUGCAUUUGCUGCUAGUGUUGAAGGAAGCUUAAGACUUUGACAAGUUAAGGUGGUCCAGAAGAUGUUAAAGAAAUGAUAGCAGCACCAGAAUUACAAUCGGAGUUUCAUUAUCCCCAGGACACUGACACACGAUUCUCAUCAGAUACUGACUUUGAUGAUUCUGAUGGGAGAAAUGCUGUUCAAGGAAAAGGAAAGGUGAAAAAGGGGAAGAAGGCCCCUGGGGAGAAAGGGAAAGGAGGUGGAAAAGGCGCUGGCCGCUUAAAUGGACACCAUCAAGAGAAUGGCAUGGAGAAUAUCAUGCUGUUUGAAGUUGUCAAGCUGGGAAAGAGCGCCAUGCAGUCUGUCGUGGACGAUUGGAUUGAGUCCUACAAACAGGACAGAGACAUGGCUCUCCUUGACUUGAUAAACUUUUUUAUCCAGUGUUCUGGCUGUAAAGGUGUUGUGAGUGGUGAGAUGUUUCGGCACAUGCAGAACUCUGAGAUCAUCAGAAAGAUGACUGAAGAAUUUGACGAGGACAGUGGAGACUACCCACUCACAAUGGCUGGGCCACAGUGGAAGAAGUUCAAGUCCAGUUUUUGCGAGUUCAUUUCUGUAUUGGUCCGACAGUGUCAGUACAGCAUCAUCUAUGAUGAGUAUAUGAUGGACACAGUUAUCUCCCUGCUCACCGGUCUGUCAGACUCCCAAGUGCGAGCCUUUAGACAUACCAGCACACUAGCAGCCAUGAAGCUUAUGACAGCUCUGGUGAAUGUAGCACUGAACCUCAGCAUUAACAUGGACAACACCCAACGCCAGUAUGAGGCAGAGCGAAACAAGAUGAUAGGCAAGCGGGCUAGCGACAGGUUGGAGCUGCUCCUACAGAAACGCAAGGAGCUUCAAGAAAACCAGGAUGAAAUUGAAAAUAUGAUGAAUGCUAUUUUCAAGGGAGUUUUUGUGCACAGAUACCGUGAUGCGAUAGCCGAGAUCCGAGCGAUCUGCAUUGAGGAAAUCGGGGUGUGGAUGAAAAUGUACAGUGAUGCAUUUCUAAACGACAGCUACCUGAAAUAUGUCGGCUGGACGAUGCACGACAAGCAAGGCGAAGUGCGGCUGAAAUGCCUCACAGCUCUGCAGGGCCUCUACUACAACAGAGAGCUCAACGCCAAGUUGGAGCUGUUUACCAGCCGCUUCAAGGAUCGGAUAGUUUCCAUGACACUGGAUAAGGAGUAUGAUGUUGCUGUGCAAGCAAUAAAACUACUAACACUUGUGUUACAUAGCAGUGAUGAGGUCCUGACAGCAGAGGACUGUGAGAGUGUCUACCACCUGGUGUACUCAGCCCAUCGGCCUGUUGCUGUGGCUGCUGGAGAGUUCCUCUUUAAGAAAUUGUUCAGCCAUCAGAACAUAGAGGAUGACAGCAUGCCUAAGAGACGGGGCAGACAGAGUCUCAAUGCCAAUCUGAUGAAAACUACUGUUUUCUUCUUUCUAGAGAGUGAGCUUCAUGAACAUGCUGCAUACCUGGUGGACAGCAUGUGGGACUGUGCCUCUGAGCUGCUGAAGGACUGGGAGUGCAUGAUCAGUUUGUUGCUGGAUGAGCCCCUGCCUGGAGAGGAAGCUCUGACAGACAGACAGGAGACUGCUCUGAUUGAGAUCAUGCUCUGUACCAUCCGACAAGCUGCAGAAUGCCAUCCCCCUGUAGGCAGAGGCACUGGCAAAAGGGUCUUGACAGCAAAAGAGAAGAAAACGCAGCUUGACGAUCGGACACGAAUAACUGAGCUUUUCGCAGUGGCAAUGCCACCUUUACUUGCAAAGUAUUCAGUUGAUGCAGAGAAGGUGACAAAUCUUCUGCAGUUACCACAGUUCUUUGAUCUAGAGAUCUAUACAACAGGGCGUUUGGAAAAGCAUUUGGAAUCACUGCUGAGACAAAUCAGGGACAUUGUGGAGAAGCACACUGACACUGAUGUGCUAGAGGCCUGCUCGAAGACCUACCAUUCUCUCUGCAACGAGGAGUUCACAAUCUUCAACAGGGUAGACAUCGCCCGCAGCCAGCUCUUGGACGAACAGGUGGACAAGUUCAAUAAGCUGUUAGAAGACUUUCUUCAAGAGGGAGAAGAACCAGAUGAGGAUGAUGCUUAUCAAGUCCUAUCCACGCUAAAGAGGAUCACUGCUUUUCACAAUGCUCAUGACCUUUCGAAAUGGGAUCUGUUCACCAGCAACUAUAAGUUACUCAAUACAGGCAUUGAGAAUGGGGACAUGCCAGAGCAGAUCGUCAUACAUGCGCUGCAAUGUACACACUAUGUGAUUCUCUGGCACUUAGCCAAGGUGUCUGAGGGCAGCUGCAAAAAAGAGGAUAUGUUGACUUUAAGAAAGCAAAUGCGUGCAUUCUGCCUGAUGUGCCAGCGAUAUUUAGCCAGUGUCAACACCACUGUGAAAGAGCAGGCCUUCACCAUCUUGUGUGACCUGCUGAUGAUCUUCAGUCACCAGAUCAUAUCUGGAGGGAGGGAAGUGCUGGAGCCGCUGGUUUACUCACCAGAUGCCUCAUUGCAGUCUGAGCUGCUCAGCUUCAUCUUAGACCACGUUUUCAUUGACCAGGAUGAAGAUAACAGCAGCACAGAUGGACAGCAGGAUGAUGAAGCAGGCAAAAUAGAAGCUUUGCACAAGAGACGAAACCUACUCGCAGCUUACUGCAAACUCAUCAUCUACAAUGUGGUGGAGAUGAAGACUGGUGCUGACAUAUUUAAGCAGUAUAUGAGGUAUUAUAAUGACUACGGUGACAUCAUCAAGGAAACCAUGAGCAAAACAAGACAGAUUGAUAAGAUCCAGUGUGCAAAGACACUCAUUCUGAGCUUGCAGCAGUUGUUCAAUGAGAUGCUGUCAGAUCUGGGCCCAGGCUUUGACCGUUCAUCUUCAACUUUCUGUGGCAUUAAAGAGCUGGCUCGUCGCUUCUCUUUAACUUUUGGUCUGGAUCAACUGAAGACCAGAGAGGCGAUCGCCAUGUUACACAAGGAUGGUAUUGAGUUUGCCUUCAAGGAGCCAAACCCACAAGGAGAUGGAUAUCCACCUGUAAACCUGGCCUUUUUGGACAUCCUCAGUGAAUUCUCAUCCAAGCUUAUGAGACAGGACAAACGCACUGUGCAUAUGUAUCUGGAGCGCUUUAUGACAUUUCAGAUGACAUUGCAAAGGGAGGACUGUUGGCUCCCACUUAUCUCCUACAGGAACUCUCUACAGGCUGGCGGUGAUGAUGAUACCAUGUCUGUGGUGAGCGGCAUCAGCAGCCGUGGUUCCACUAUCCGCAGCAAAAAAGCCAAGCCUGUCACAGGCAAAAGGAAACUAUCUGAAGAGGAGAGUAGCAGCAGCGAGGUGUGGCUGAACCGAGAGCAGAGCAUGCCGACGCCAGUCAUGAUGCCUUCUCCACAUCUUACCUCCACAGUCAUGCGUGACCCCAAACGCCUACGGCCUGAAGACAGCUACAUGGGAGUGUAUACAAUGCCAGCUGAGCAGCAGCAACAACAACAUCCACAGCAACGCACACACCCGUACACACCCCAACCUCACAAUCACCAGUCCCCCAUAGACUACAACACACAGGUCACUUGGAUGUUGGCCCAGAGGCAGCAGCAGGAAGAAGCUGCCAGGCAGCAGCAUGAGAGAGCCAUGAACUACGCCAAACUGAGGAGCAACCUGCAGCAUGCAAUACGCCGAGGAUCAGGCCUUAUGGAAGACGACGAGGAGCCAAUUGUCGAGGAUGUAAUGAUGUCAUCAGAAAGCCGAAUUGAGGAUCUCAACGAAGGCAUAGAUUUUGACACAAUGGAUAUUGAUCUGCCUGCCUCAAAGAAUCGACGAGAGAGAACAGAGCUGAAACCAGACUUUUUUGACCCAGCCUCUAUCAUGGACGAGUCUGUAAGGACCACUCAUUUCCUGGGUUAUGAUGCUUUUCAGCGGUAAUGCGGAGGGAUCAAAGCUCCAUUCUGUUGCCAUGAGAGAGCUCCACUAGGUGGCACUAAUAGGGGUGAUUUGUAAUAGACAGCUCAGUUCUACAGUUUACUCCAUAUUGUGGAGUAUCAAUAGCCUCAAUAUAAGAAAUAAAGAGAAUCGAUGGCCAUUUAUUUGGUAACGCUGAACUCUCUCUGAAUUUCAACAUUUUCUUUUGUAGGCCAUUGGGGUACUUGUGUUUCAGGAUAAAAUAAUAGAGAAAAUCUUUUUUGAGGAAAAAAAACUUUUCUGUAAUGUUAAAUUGAUUUUAUAAAAAAAAAAAAAAAUCUAUAUACACAAGAUCAGUGUAGUAACUGGUUAAACAAAAACGUCUAUUCUUGUUCACUAGAGAUGAUAUAGUGGCUUAGAUAUUGAGUAAGCGCUCCCUUUUAAUGCAAAAUGUUGGGGGCCGAUUGAAUGCCAUGGAUUGUUGGACUGUUCGCCAUGUAUAAAUAUAUAAAAUAUAUUUCAAAGUUGAACGUCAUCUUGUGUGAAGAAGUGUAUGUGAGCUCUUCAAGAGUUGUGGUAUUUCUUGAAACUGGGGUGAAUGCAUCUUUUUUUUUAACUUAAAGAUAACUAUGUUAUGUAUAGCCCUUUUGUAAUAGUGAGUAAUCAGGUGUAAAGUAGUAAUUUAUAAGCAGGUUAUUGCUCAUCAUAGUGAGUGAUGUGAUAUAUUUUAAACUUCUUAACUAAUAUGUAAAAUGGAGGACAUCCUCCACCUCUUUAUAUCUAGUGUUUAGUUUUGUUCACAUCCCUUUGAGAAAGAUAACUAAAAUGCAGCUAAUAGUGUCUGUUAAUAACAGUGGAAGUCAUCUUCCCAGAUAUUAGAUCCACACAAUUCAAAGUGCAAAACCAAGGAAUCAAAAGGAAAUCUCUGAAAUAGUGCCAUUUUGUUUGUAUUGAAUUAAAAGCAAAGAUUACUGUAGUAAGUCUGCUCCAUUGUUUUCUCCCAUACAUUCAGCUAAACAGUGAUGUAGACAUAUACUUUUAAAUAAGUUUUAAUAAGUAUCAAUUGGUGCUGAUUUUAUAACUGCAUUUAGGGUUUUUCUUAUUUUUAAGCUCCAAUUUAAAAUUAAAAAGGAUAAAAAAUAUAUAUAUAUAUUAAAUCAUGUAGCCAAACACCAAUGAGUUUUGUUUUUGUUUUGUUUUUUUGCAUUUUUUUUAUGGUGUUUUGUUUGUGUUUGCAUUGUCAGGUUUUCGGGUUUUUACAUUUUCCUAAAUGUAAAUUUGGUUGGCUAAGCUUCACAUUCAGAGUUACUACAUUCAGCUUUAAGUUUUUUGUUUGUUUCUAUUCCAGUGUCAAAGCUUCAGUGUAACAGUGUACUUCUCCAUUUAAACAUGAACAGGUUUUGUGUUGCUUUUGGGCAGCUCUAUAAAGUUAAAUGAACACAUCUAGCUUGUACUGAAACAUUAUAUCUAAACCUGUUUUGUCACAGGGAUAUAUUUUAAUCAUUCCAUGUCUUGGCCUUAAACAUGCCUGUAAAAAUGUUCUCAAUUUUUCAAUAUUAUGUUACUUUUGAUUUCUUGUUUUGUGCAGAUUUCUAAUUAUUUUAGAACAGUGAUUACCAAGCCUGGUCUUGGAGAGCUACCUUCUGCAGUAAGCAGUUUCACACCUAAACCAACACACCAGCGCCAAAUAAAUCAAUCUACCUGAUUAGCCUGCUUGAUUAGGGCUGGAACACAGUUCUGUAGAAGGUUACAUGUCUCAGAGACAGGACAGCACUGCUAUUGAAGCCAUGAUCCCAAAUAGCAAGUGUGUAAUUGAGUUAGAAAGUGCAACACAACCUAAAGAACUAUGAAUACAAAGCCUCUAGAAACUGGCACCUGUUUGUCACUCACCACUACAUUGGCAAAACUGCUGAAUAGAUUGUGUAAAUAUAUGUGCAUUUUAACAAAAACUUAAUUUUCUAGUGUUUUUCCCUGUUAAUGUUUAUAAGCCUAUGAUCUUUACCCUGUUCAAAGAUUUAUGCUGAUACAUAAUUGUUUCCCUGUCCUGUCACUUACUGUACUGUUUCUGAUUUCUAUUUAUCUGGAGACAGUAAGUUUUUGAAUAAAAGUAAACCUCA